AUGUAUACCUUCUUCAAUCUCAAGUGGGUUUACUUGAUUUCUUCAAUCAUAUUCGAAGGGGGCUCUGUUCUUUGCGCUGCAGCGCCGAGCUCAGCAGCCUUCAUUAUCGGUAGAGCCAUUGCUGGACUCGGUGCAGCGGGCAUCUUCUGCGGUGCCAUGAUCAUUAUAUCCAAGAUUGUGGAGAUGAGAAAAAGACCAUUGCUUCUGGCUAUAAUCUCUAGUAUGUACGGCAUAGCAUCUGUUAUUGGUCCCUCGCUUGGUGGUGUAUUCACUCACUCUAAGCAACUCACCUGGAGAUUUUGUUUCUGGAUCAACUUGCCUCUGGGUGCUGUAAUGGCUCUCAUAAUCUGUCUUUACUAUCCUCUCCCACUCGGUGAAGCUCCAGAUAGCGGCCAAGCCCCCAAGGCAAAGGUACUUGGCCUCAGCCUCAAAAGCGCAGUCAUUCUUGCAGGAGCUCUAAUAUGUCUUUUCCUUGCUCUUCAACGGGGAGGCACAAAACAUCCUUGGUCCGAUUCACGGGUCUGGGGUGGUCUUGUUGGCUUUGGUCUUCUUCUGGCCCUUUUCGUGUUCAUACAAAUACGGCAAGGAGAAGCUGCAUUGAUCCGCCCUCGCAUUAUCUCACAGAGAUCUGUCUUCCUUGGAUGCUUGUUCUCUGCACUGUAUCAAGGAGCCAUGACCACGCAGAGUUAUCAUCUGCCGUUUUAUUUCCAGGCUGUCAAGGGAGUGGAUCCCCAAACAUCUGGUGUUGACAUUCUUCCUCAUGGGGUUACCGUCACGAUAGCUACUCUUAUUACCGGCUCUAUUAUCACUUGGCUAGGAUACUACGUACCGUUCAUGUGGGCCGGCUCGACCAUCUCCACAACUGGUGCAGGUCUGCUGUACACAAUCUCACAAAACACCCCAACGGCCAGAUGGUUCGGCUACGAAGUGGUAGCUGGAGCUGGCUUUGGUAUAGCGAUUCAGAUCCCAAUCUUUGCCGUACAAGUCGUCUUGGGAGCAGGUGACAUUCCCCUAGGAACAGUGCUGAUCAUCCUAUCCCAAGCCCUGGGAGGUCCAGUGGGUCUGUCCAUCUCCCAAAACGUUUUCCAGAACUCUCUCCGCCAGAGGCUAAAGACAAUAGCCGAGAUUGAUAUACAAGCUGUCAUCGCUGCAGGUGGGACAGAUUUGGAACAUGUUGUGUCGGCUGAUUCUCUCGCCUACGUCAGAGAUGCGUUUAGGUACGGUAUCUCAAAUGCCUUCCUUGUAUCGACGGCACUUGGCGGCAUCGCCUUUUUGGCAAGUAUCGGAAUGGAGCGAAGGAAGAUCAAGUCGAAGAAGGAAGGAGGUGAAUAA